UGUUGCCUCCAUUUCGGAACGAAACGGCUUCCUCCCCUCACCUUCGCAAAGCAUCCAGCAGCAUUAUCCGCUUACUUCUUCUUCACUUCCGCAGUCGCUCGUCUUCCAUGGCGGAGAAGCCUCUCAAUGGGAGCGUCCUCGAGCAGCUCCGGGACGGCACCGCGAGGUUCGAGCUCCUCUCCUCGCCGGCCCCUUCGAUCUUGGCUCCCCGCCUUCCCGCACCGCCGCCGCUGGAGCUCGCGGCGCGGGGCGGCCGCCUGUUCUUCGCGAGGAUCGCAUCGUCCGCGCGAGGAGGAUCGCCACCGCCGGCGGCGAAGAAAGUCGAGCAUUACUCGGUGCAGAAAGUCACCGGAGAUGGACGAUGUAUGUUCCGUGCCCUGGUCAAGGGAAUGGCCUUCAACAAAGGUAUAGGCCUUAACCCACGAGAAGAGAGAGAAGAUGCAGAUGAAUUACGGAUGGCUGUUAAAGAAAUUAUAUGCGACUCUGGUGAAGAACGUCGUCAAUAUGAAGAAGCAUUGGUGGCAAUUACCGUGGACGAGUCUUUAAAGCGGUACUGCCAACGAAUUGGCCGACAUGAUUUUUGGGGAGGAGAGUCAGAGCUGCUGGUCAUCUCGAAAUUAUGCAAGCAGCCAAUCGUUGUUUAUAUUCCAGAGCAUGAGCAUACAAGGGGCGGAUGGGGCUCAGGUUUUAUCCCCAUUGCAGAGUAUGGAUUAGAAUUUCGGAAGGGUUCAAGAAAGGGAAAACAGAGGGAAGUUGUGAAGCUUCUCUACAGCGGUAGAAACCACUAUGAUCUGCUCGUCUAAGAAGAGCGACAUAGAUUUGCCCAUGGUUCCGAGCUAUAACAUAAGGAAAUGGAGGCCCUAUUCUUGCAGAACUUACACAGGAUUUUUAAUUUACCUUAAACAUUUCCUGAGGAGAUCGAUCUACACAUUUAUCCUGGAAUUCCAGGAGGUUUCCUCUUCACGAAAGAUUUCUUUCUGGUAGGUGCAUCUUUAACCGCUUAUUGUACUGGAGCAGAAAAAAAAUACCCAAAUGAUUCGGCAUUCUGUAUGAGUCAUAGCUUGCACAGAUUUUGCCAAAAAAAGUUCGGGCUUUUGCCGGUUAAGAAGCAAUUGUAGUGCAUGAGUUCUCAAACUGAUUUUCUUAUGAUUCAAUGAGAUCGUCUUUCAAUCA